GUCGGGGACACCCCCAUUGGUGUGUGGACACUGUUACAGGCAACAUACACUGGACUUUGUGUGAGGAUUGGGACUGUGUGAGGAUUUUGACUGUGUUAUUGGAUGUAACAGCCUGGAGCCCCUGAGCCAGAGGAUAUGACUCAGCCACAAUGAUUCGACCAGCACUCCGGCAUUUUUUCUUCGUGAUCACACUCAUCACGAGCACGGCUUUCAUGCUGUACUGCAUGACGGAUGUAUUUGGUGGCACCGUCAUAGAGCACCCGCAAACGGCACGACAACCGGAAGUGAAGUGGGCGUCAACCGACAUCUCCAGACUUCCGGUGACGAUCAACCACGACCAGGGCAGGCUGGGAAACAAACUCUUCAAGUACGCUUCUCUGCUGGGGAUCGCACGGUCCAAUGGACGGGUCCCUGUGGUCGGUCCCUACGUCGAUGGGGUCAACUUGGCAGGGAUUUUUAACCUGUCGCAUGUUGACCCCACGCUGAACGCUAAAGAUUGGAUGGAGAUAAACGAAACAAACUACGCGGAGAGAGAUGACAGAUUUAUGUCCCUUCCCCCUAGGCCCGUCAAGGUUCACGGGUACGUACAGUCGUGGCGAUACUUCUACAACAUCAGGGACGAGAUCAGAAGAGAGUUUCAGCUGCAGGAGCGGUACAGACAGGAGGCCCAGACCUGGAGGUCGUCCAUCCUCGACUCUGCUCGCUACAACGCCGCCACCCUCGUGGCCGUGCACGUGCGCAUGCGCGACGAGUUCUCCAACCCCAACACCACCGAGGCGCCCCCCUCCUUCUACACCAACGCCUUCAACACCAUGCGGGCGCUGCUGCCCGGCGCCCGACUCCUCUUCAUCGUGACCGGCAACAACCUGCAGUGGUGCCAGGACAACCUGCAAGCCGAGGACGUCCUGGUCCUACAGCCGGACACACCGGAAGUACAUUUCUCCUUCCUGUCGGUGUGUGACCAUGGCAUCGUUUCCGCUGGAACUUUCGGCUGGUGGGCGGCGUGGUUGACCGGCGGUCACGUGGUCUACUACAAGAGGUUCCCAAUUCCAGAGUCAUACGAGGCGAUAGGGUUUGUGGCGGAACAUUACUACCCGCCAUCUUGGAUUCCUGUUGACCAUUGAAGCGAAUCGGAGACUGGUUCUGGUUGAUGCAUCUCUACAGUUAAACAUGGCUGGUUUCAUUGGUGGGAUGGUUGAGUUGAUGAUGGG